ACCGGCAGCUGUUCCCUCGCCGGGGCCGACCAUAAACAUAAAUCACGAAGCAGCGCCAGCCACGGUCACCAGCUAUUAGCGAUUCUCCCAAACCAGCUCUCUCCCGUCCCCUGUAGAUUUCUUGGAUUGGAUCGGCAUGGAGAAGGAGAAGACGACGCCGCGGCCGGUGUGCGCGCCGGAGGCGCUCGCGCUGCUCAACUGCGCUGCCGAGAACCCCUACGACCGCGACAAGUGCUUCUCCCUCCUCGACGCGCUCCGGGAGUGCAUCGCCCACAAGAAAGUGAAGAAAUUUUCGUUGGCUGAAGCAAGCUCAGCCGGCACCACUGAAGCUCCAAAAGGCAAAUAGAAGCCCUAAAUGUCAUCAGUGCCAAUUUUAGCACAUGUACUAGGCUGGAUAUAGUGAUUUUGUUGGAUUAGUUAUCUUGAAAUAGGCAGAUUACGGUAUCUGAACAAAAAAAUCUGGCAUCGUUCACUGGAAAUUAUAUGUAAUUGGCACAAUUCAAGCAGAGAAGGGUGAAUGCAAUUUCACCAUGCAGGGUCGUUCCAAGUGGAUGAUCGUUUUAUAAGUAGCACACAUAUCAAAAGUUUAUGAUCAUUCUGUUAAUAACCACACAUCCAAACUUCAUGAUCA